AUGUCGUUCGGUUCUUCGCUGAAUUCUUUCAAUUACGGCAGCAGCCGGGGUGAUUACGCACCCCAGCAAUCAAUCCAUCAUACACAAUCACAUUCAUCACCUGCGGAGCAAUCUGCCUCCCGCUCAAAUUCGCUGUACAUGGGCGAUCUGGACCCCAGCUGGGACGAAAAUGCUAUCCGUGCAGUUUGGGCCAACUUGGGUGAGCCUAAUGUUCAGGUUAAACUGAUUCGUAAUUCAGGCUCCACCGGAGGUAGUUCAGGCUACUGCUUCGUGGAGUUUCCAUCCCACCUCAAUGCGUCGAACGCACUUCUUAAAAAUGGGCUUUUGAUACCUAAUGCAAGAAACAGAUACCUCAAACUCAACUGGGCGUCCUUUGCUACAGCCCCUGGAAACGAACACUCUGUAUUUGUGGGUGAUAUUGCGCCCAAUGUCAGUGAAGCGCAGCUCUUUGAACUUUUCAUAUCCCGGUAUGCCUCCACCUUGAAUGCCAAGAUUGUGUUCGACCAAAUGACAGGUGUCUCUAAGGGCUAUGGUUUCGUCAAGUUUGGGCAGGAAUCGGAGCAGCAAAGAGCGCUACUUGAAAUGCAGGGCGUUUUCUUGAACGGUAGGGCAGUUCGCGUGAGCACAACGUCCAAAAACAGAUCAAAGUUUCAGCAGCCGCUUCAACAGCAGCAGCAGCCUUAUAUGCAGCAACAACAGCCUUAUGUUCAGCAGCAAGCGCGUGCUCCAGCUUUUAACAAUGGAAAUGUGCAAUCGCAGUUCAUAUACCCAGUGCAGCAACAGCCCACUCUUACUCAGUACACCGAUCCUAACAAUACGACAGUAUUUAUUGGGGGUCUGUCCUCGCUUGUCUCUGAAGAUGAACUACGUGCUUAUUUUCAACCUUUUGGAUCAAUUGUCUACGUGAAAAUUCCAGUCGGUAAGGGCUGUGGGUUCGUGCAGUACGUGGAUCGCAUUUCCGCUGAAACCGCCAUCGCGAAGAUGCAAGGAUAUCCAAUCGGCAACUCGAGGAUCAGGCUCUCCUGGGGCAGGAGUGCGAAACAAGCCGCAGUCAUGCAACAGGCGUUUGCGUCAUCCGCGCAGCACCGCCAGCAGCUUUCAAACCAGAAUGCGCUUUCAACUACCAACUUGCCAUAUAAUCGUCAACCCGCAAUGCCGGUCUCUUAUGGAUAUUCUGGGAAUUGGGAUUUGUUGAACGGUGGCUGCAGCUACAAGCCAUCUUCUCCGGCACAUUACGCUAAUUCUGUACACGAUGCGACAGGGGGUUCUUCGACCGUGUUGCUUCCCGGUGUCUCAAACUUGGAGUAUGUUGGCGCUCCCUCAAACUCCAGUUCAACAAGCACUUUCAGCUACUCCCCAAGCUACUCAGCUUCCCAAUCAACUACGUAUAGCACGUCUUCUCAAGCGACUGACCCGGUGUCAGCUGCGCUUGGGUACGGGGCCCAAGUUCACCCACAAUUUCUAGUCCAGGGAAACGACGCGUUCGACAAGAGCAAGUCUGAGACGAUUGACAGACUAGAAAGAGGCAGUAACGGAUUUAUAUUCGCCUAA